AUGAUAUGCGUGCUCCACUCAAUCGUGAUUUUCAGAUGACAACUGGGCGUUCCGCGCGUGUAAAAGAGGCAGGGGUGAGGAAAUAUGGCGUUAUCUAUGGCGUAAAUGAUCUACGUAAUUUCCUUUAGUGUGGGAGAGAUAUAGUUGAGCUCUGUGUUCCCACAUCAAAUUAACCGCAAAGACAGAAAAGUGCGUCUGUUUUUCUUGCAUGAGAAAGUUGUCAGGUAGUUUGAAGGUUCUCGUGUAAGGUCAGACUUCUUCCAGACUAGCACGCGCACAGGUGAGGUGCUGUAAACAACGGUGCGGUUCACAACUUCACCUCCAUCCAUCCAGCAGUCUCGUAAAGGUGAUCAACGAUCUUCUUCUAUGUGUGAAACAAUCGUUUUGAACAUGACGAGCUUGAAGGCGUUCACCGAGCCGUUUGGGCGAGUGGCUUCUGAACCGGUGGAGGACACAGACCCUAGCAGCUUUAUUACAGAUAUGUCUCUAAGGUCAAACUAUCCUGUUCAGGUCACAGAUUCACAAGACCCGGUGACCCUUCAGCUCAGCUCUGUUCCUCCUGGUUUUUUGUCGUCUGCGGUGGGCAGGAUACGACAGCCUGUGGAAAAUGACGAUAGUGAAUGUAUUACAUCAGCGUCUGUUUCAUCAGACUUCAGUAAAGAACUCAAGCCCUGUAAGGAGGGUUUGUUUUCUGCUCCUCCACCCAAAAUCAGUGACCUGAUGAAUGACGAAGACCUUCUGUACAGCCUGCGGCUCAAGCUGGACCCGACUCACUGCACGGUCAAAAACUGGAAGAACUUUGCGAGCCGCUGGGGAAUGAGCUACGAUGAGCUGAUGCUUCUAGAGCAGCGCAAACACGGUGCCACUUACAACAGUCCUACUCAAGAGUUUCUCCUGCGCUACAACCAGAAACCUGUCACAGAGCUCACCGAACUCUGCCAACUUUACCAGCGCAUCGACGUGCUGCGGUUGCUCCAGCGCUGGAUGGAGAACGACUGGCCAUCACGAUGGCAGAAGGCCCAUUAGCUGCCACUUGACUAAAACUGGACCUCAAUGGAUGAAAUUCAGAACUGCAGGGAUGGACCGCAGGUCAGAAACACACACACACACUACUGAACAGCAGUGGUGGAAAGACAGUGUUUACAAAGUUGUACACUGGACUUAGUUCUUUUUUGAUAGCUCUUGGCUGAUUAUAGCUUUCCAAAUGUCACAUGUUUGUGGCAGGCAGUAGAUAUGCGACGGAAAGGUGAUUGUCAAAUAUACGAAGUGGCGCCCCAGCACUUCAAGAGGAAACUGAAAUGCCACUCAGGUGUGACUGCACCAUUAGAUCAUGUCUGGAAAUUCUCUGUCGUUCCGGACAUACCGCGUUUAAUUUAUUUACUGCUGAUGGUCUUAUGAAGAGUCCUUCUAUUAGUAACAUUCUUGAUGAGUAUGAGUCACUGUGCUUAUUAUCAAAAUGAGUUUUAAGAUGUUUAGAAGUCAGACUGGCUGAAUCUUUAUUUCAGUUGGGGUUCAGCUUCCUGUAUUUUCUAAUUGCAACAAAUGCUGCAGUUCAUGAUAUUCAUAAUAUCCCAUGAAAAUAUGAGAUUAGAGCUUGUUGGUAAUUUUGGUUUAUUUAAUGGUUAGGGCCAAAUUGUGUAAAAACUAUAUUAAAAGUCAUCAAAAAUACAACAUAAAAGAAAAGGCUUAUUUUGGUCAAACCAACAAUAAAUAAUAUACAGCCAUGCUUAAAAGUAUUUAAAACCUGUUUACAGUUUACAGUUUUCUGUUGUUUUACUAUAUAUAGAUUUGAGGUGUGUGUGUGUAUACAAACAAACACAUCUAUAUAUAUAUAUAUAGAGAGAGAGAGAGAGAGAGAGACAUAUAUUAGUGCUCAGCGUAUAUAAGUAACCCCUUACAAGCCGCUCUUUAAAUUCGUAUUUUUAAUCAGAAGCUAUACAAUAUUAUAUACAUUAGAUUAGUCAGUACUUUUUAUAGCGGUCCAAAAAUUAAUACACCCAAAUUUAUAUGUUAUAGAAAAUAUGAAAUGCAAAUUU